UCAUCUUGUGCAUGUAAAUUGGAGGAUGGCUGCCCUGAAUUUAGUAAUGAGCCCUUCAAGACUGAACCUUCUACAGAUAAAGAUAUAAAGGAAGUGGGUAAUAUGAAUCCCUAUAGCUUAGUCAUAAAAACUGAACCUAUGGACUGCAAACAAUUUCAAUGUGAUCUUUGUCAAGAGUCAGUCGAUCAUUCCAGUUCACUCCGUUCUGACGGGGAAUGUGUCCCUGAUCCUCUGAAGACCAACCCUCAUAUAUGUAAACAUUUAGCUGGACAAAGUUUACAUCUUACCACUCAUAAACCAACUCAUAAUAGAGAAAAAUCUUAUCCUUGUAGCUUGUGUGACUUUAAAACUAGCAGAUCAGACGUUUUGAAUAGACAUAUGUUGACGCACACUCGAGAGAAACCUCAAAAGUGUGAUAUUUGUUACUACUCUGCUGCAACUAAAAGUUAUCUGGUGAUUCACAAACGAACUCACACUGGAGAGAAACCUUACCCCUGUAGUUUGUGUGACUAUAGAGCUAUACAGUCGAACCAUUUGAAGAAACAUAUGUUAACUCACACUGGAGAGAAACCUCACAAGUGUGAUAUUUGUUACUACUCUGCUGCAACUAAAAGUAAUCUGAUGAGUCACAAACGAACACACAUUGGAGAGAAGCCAUAUAAAUGCAAUAUUUGUGACUAUAGAGCUAAAAGAUCAAGCGAUUUGAAGGUACAUAUGUUUGCUCAUACUGGAGAAAAUCCUCACAAGUGUGACAUCUGUAGCUAUUCUGCUGAAAGUAAAAGUAAACUAUUGAUUCACAAACGAACACACACUGGAGAAAAACCUUACCCCUGUAGUUUGUGUGACUAUAGGGCUACUCAAUCAAGCUUAUUGAAGAGACAUAUGUUGAUUCACACUGGAGAAAAACCUUACCCCUGUAGUUUGUGUGACUAUAGGGCUACUCAAUCAAGCUUAUUGAAGAAACAUAUGUUUACUCACACUGGAAAAAAACCUCACAAGUGUGAUAUCUGUAGCUACCCAGCUGCAACUAAAAGUAUCCUGGUGACUCACAAACGAAAACACGAUGGAGAGAAACUUUACCAAUGCAGUAAAUCCACCAGUUUAAAGACAAAUAUGUCGACUCAUAGUCAAACUGAAAUACAUUUCAAAUGUGAAUUAUGCGAAUUUUCAGCGGAAACGGAAAGUCUUCUUGUUGCUCACAAAAAGAACCACCCAGAUUUGCGACCGUUUGGCUGUGAAAUUUACUGUGGCUAUAGAGGCAAAACAAAAAGUGAUUUAAUUGACCAUAUUUGGGAGGUGCAUGGUCGACUAGACCUCAAAUGAAUUGUUAUCUAAAAAAUUAUAUUUUACGUACAACUUUAUGAUUUUACAUAAUUUAAAUUGUUGAAAGUGCUGCGCGAUCAUCUAUAACAUUAGUUUGGAAUGACAAGGUAUAACUAUAAAGAUGAAAAUUGAUCUAUACUCAGUAUAUCAUUAAAUCGGAUGUCAUGAUCGUACUUGAAGCACAUUUUAGCUUUACAAUUAAAUCGAAUGUUUCUUGUUUUAUCAAUAUCUUCACAAAUUGUCUUGUUCUUUUCCCAGUUGCUGUAUUUGUUGAUCGUUUCCAAGCUCCUAUUAUAUUUUACUCACAAAUGCA